CCCACCUGCACCCAGGAGAUGGCCACAGCGUGCGCACGGCCCAGACCAGCGGCUGGGCUAGGGUGCAACAACGGGUCUGCAGAGGGAGAAGGAACGGGAGCCCUGGGACCGGGGGCCCACUUGGGAGGGUGGGGCCGGGCCUGCUCUCUGCAGAGAUGCGGAGACUACGUCUCAGGCUCAGGUGAGCCCUUCUGGGAGCUCCCUCCCGUGUGGCAGACCCCUCUGCAGCCCUACCCAUCAGGAAAGGAAGGAUACAUCCCCACCGGGGUGCUGCCGUGUGCAUCUGCUCAGGGGCUCUCACCCGCAUGGCACAGAGGCCCCAGGACCCUCUCGCCAGACGUGGUGAUGUGGGAAGUACAGGCAGGCGAGGUGGUGUGUGUAAGGGUCUGGCUAGGAGCUGUGGGGGUCCCAGCUUUCCUGGGGCCGUCACCCAUCCAGAGGGGGCACUUCAGUCCAGCCUCAGAUCUUCCCGUGGUGGCUGGGGCAGGAGCCUCCCCUCUGAAAUCAGGACUUGAGAGGCUCCCCACGUGGAGUAUGCUUUCCGGACAGGGUGGACGUCACUGGCUGACCCCAGGUGCAGGCAGCAUCCUGGUGAGAAACUGCCUCCCCGUCCGUGUGGCCUCCUGGCCUCCUGGAGCCCCCCUCCCUGGGCAGAUCUCAGCUGCCCCAGGUGAGUCCCGGUUUCCUAGGCAGAGUCCACGUGUCUGGAAGCACGUUUCCUCUGGGAGUUUGAAGUCGUUGAAGUGGCCAUCCUUCCCCGAGCUGGGUUUUGCAGGUUCUCUCAGUACACAGAUCAAGAGCAGAGAACAAGGCCCUCCCAGCAGUGUGGGGGCUCCUUGCCUGGCUCUGUGCCCCCACUGCCAGGCACCACACCACUGUGGGGGCUGCUGGGCCUGCCCCCACCCUGAGCCUGAGCACCGGCCAGGAGCCCCUGGGUGCUCCCGGGUGGGUCAAGACCCCGCACACAGACUGGCCACUGCUGUGUGUGUGUGCGUGUGUGUGCGCGUGCGUGCGUGUUGCCCUGCGUCCCUCCAUCCUCCAUGUGGCCCACCUUCUACACUAAGAUUUAAGACGUUGCCUCGUAUUGUACAUUUUGGGGAAAGCCUUGGGUGUAAAUCAGUGUAAACUUGGAGGAGAGAUUUUUCUAUCAUGUAGAGUAGGUAUUUUUUAUAGAUUGAAGGUUGAUCAAUUUUUUAAUACUUCCAAGAGAGAAAACUAUCUGUGUAUACACAUAAAAUAUAUAUAUGUAUGAUAAUAAAUACUGGAACUCUG